GUAUCGGAAACGAUUGUCACUUGCCAAACAUAGUGAAAACUUGAAAAGUUGCUUUUUUUGUGUCUCCCGUGGACUUUUUUUUUUCCAGGGAUUACUAAUUCGCGAAAAAAAACGCGCGGUUAAGUGUAUGCCAUUUUGUAGGUGGUUCGCAUCGUGAAAUUCUUUAGUGGACACAACCCAACGCUAAAACGCUUGCGUUAGUGGGGAUCGGUCGCCUCCACCUUCGCCACCGCCGCCGCCGCUGCUGGGAACCUAGCACAGGUCCAGUUUGAACAUAUAUAUAUAUAUAUAUAUAUAUAAAUAUAUACACAUAUAUAUGCAUAUGUAUGUAGAUAUUGCAAGUUGCAUACGUAUGUGGCGCGUGUAUUAUGUCAUUUAUUUAUAAUAAAUAGCAUAAAAGUUGACAAUAUGCAAACAAAUUCCCGCUGAGUGUUGCACCAAAGAGUGAGAAAUAUAAACACGUAAAAAUGUAGACUGUGUGUACGUGCGUGUUUGUGCGUGCGUGCGUGUGUGCCGCAGAUAAUGGAUGUUUAGCAGUAUAAAUAAAUACAUAGCUAUAGAAAGAUAUAUAGAUAUAUGUAUAUACGCACGCAUUUGUGUGCGUAUAUGUGAAGUAUAUGCGCCGCAGAAGCCGUCGGCGAUGGCAACAUUAGCUUCAGCCCAGGCUCAAGCCCAUAAGCAAUAAUUUUAAGUGUUUCUCCCAAUUUAACAAACACGUCCAAUAACAACAACAACAACCAAAACAAAUGGCCACAUUUAAUGCAACAAAUGCAACAAGCAACAGCAGCGCGGAUGUUUUAAGUUCCUCGGUUGGCGCUGCCGCCGCAGCGACAACAACAUUUCUAGUGCCCUCCACAACGUCGGCAGGUGGUGCAGCCGCAACACUGGGCACUAUUGGUGCGCAUCCACUGCAUUUGGAACCGUUUGGUGCUAUGCCCGCACAUACCGCGCAAUAUAUGAGCUCUGGUGCUGCACAGUUGCCGUUGCCGCUGCCAUUACCACUGCAGCAUCAUCAUCAUCAUCAUCAGCAGACGAACUCCUCCUCGUAUACGUUUGUGCAGAUCAAACGUGAGCCCUGUCAGGUCUCUGAGAUAAGCUCCAACAAUUGCCAACAGCAGCAGCUGCAGCAACACCAGCAACACCACCAGCAGCAGCAUCACCUGCAGACGGCCUCCACCUCCCUCGGCCUGGGCAGUGUGACCUCAUCAUCAGUAACGGCAUCAGCAACAUCAAAGACCAUGUCUGCAUCGUCGCUGACGACGCUGGUCAAAAUUGAAGCCUCCUCGCCGAAGGUAUCCGAUCUGGAAAAGUCCACGUCCAGCACAAGCAGCUCCGUGCCCAUUGGCAUUGCUGUGGCGCGCAAGCGUCCGCAGGAGUCAACCAGCGCUGCGCUGAACAGUGGCUCCAAUCUGCCUUUGCAGCAGCCACUCAACAAAGACAUGAACUGUUUCGGCAUACGUGUCGCCGAUCUGAGCGCCACCAGUUGCGGCAAUCUGUAUUUCACGGGAAACGGUGAUUUGAUGACCACGGGCACGGCCACCGCCGAGGAACUGGCCCUGAGCGCCGCUGGUGUCAACAGGGCGCCCUCCACCUUCUGGCAAUAUCCAAAUGCAUUGCCCAUUGAAUCAGUGAUUUCCAUGUCGCCCGCCACGGUGGGCUUGCAAUACUCACGCGAGGCAAGUCGCGGUCAGGUGGUGCUGCUACCCGCCGCUCCAGCAGCGCUUGCAGGCAUAUCAAAUUUUCCCCUCUUAACGCCCACAGAUCCGUUCCAGCAGGCGGCGGCAGCGGCGUUUGUCUGGCCGUCAGCUUAUAUACCGCAGGCAACAGCCGGUGCCGGGCCAGCCGCCGCAGCCGCUGCGCUGCAGCCGUCACCCAACUUUAUCUUCCCCUCGAUGGGCGCCCACUCCACCUUGGGCGCAACAUCUCCGUAUGCCUCCACGCUGCAGUUGUACCUGGCUGCAACGGCCAGCGCCACGGGCAACUCGACUCUGUGCCAGCACAGUAAUCAGCAAACCAGCACCACGACAACCAAUUCCACCAUUAACCUGAGCCUGGCUGCCGCCGGCGCUGGCGUCACGAGCAGCAGCAGUAGCCUAAGCUCCACUAGCAGUUCGCGAUUUCUUAGCCUGGCAGCUCAGCCAUCGGCGAUGGCAGCCAAACCAUUGGCCAUGAGCUCGUUAUUGAUGCCGCCAACCGGCUUAAAGCUGGAGGAAUACCCUUUGGCGCAGCCGUUGCCAUUGCCGGAAGCGGCACGCGACAACGAGCAACAGGCACUGAAUCUAAUGCGUCUGCCUACGCCGCCCACUUCGGCGACCAUGGAACCCACGGCAACGCCGUUGGGCCAGCCAUUGCCGCAUCAAAUACUCUUCCAAACGGCGCCGAGUACGCCAACACCGGCGCUCCUUAAUCUGUCUAUGCAUGGUGCAAGUGCUGCUUCUGCUGGCAUUGCCGCAGAUACGCCCACGUCCUGUGAUGAGGCUGCGCUCAACUUUAAGUUGCACGCGCCACUCACGCCGCAAACACCACCUCGUCUGGGCGCCGCCACAUUGCUGCCACAGAUGCAAGACGUCAACAUACAGACAGAUACGCCCGUGUGCAGCGAGGAUGAGAACUCUUCGUGCCCUCUAAAACCGACGCUGGAGGUGUGCGAAUCACAAAUGCCGCUCGAGCUGACCAAACCCAGUGAAUCCAACAAUGCCCAUACACACGUCAACCAACCAAACGAGUGCCAUACCCAAACGAAUCCCAGUGACAUUGUUAGUGCCAGUGCGAAUGCCAGCGAGCAAAUUGAAGCGCCCAUGGAGGAAUUGCCUGGGCAACAACAGACGGCGCCGGAGGAUCUGACCGGGCUGCUGUUGCUGUCAAACAUCAGCACCAAUAGCACACCUUUGUUGCGCGUCAAACAGGAGCCAGUGGAGCACAAUGAAGCCGUGCAAGUUCUGCCAGUAGAGCCGACGCCGAUGCAGCCAUUGAUGGAAGUAGAGAGAACGCAGUCAGAGCCGCUGGGCGGCUUGAAGCUUUUGUGCGCCUUGGCAGAGCAGCGCAUACAGGAGGAGGUGGUGCAGGGUAGUAGUCUGUUUGCCACACCCACAUCGCGCACACCUUCACCUCGAGUAGCUACACCAGUCAUCGAAGAUAAUAGCCCGUUUGGCUGUGUACCGCCAGCAUCGUCGUCGGGUUUUUGCCCUCAACAACAAAUGUCGCAUACCUCACCAACGUUUCCCUCAAUGCAGGGCAUUGAGUUGCCAACCACGUCCAGCGCUGCGGCAGCCGCCAGUGAACCAACGCCCGCCAAACGCAAGAAGCACAAACAUUCCAAGUCGAAUUCUGUGUCCGGGGAGAGCCGCAAAUCCUCGCGCUGCAGCAAGAAGAGCAAAAAGAAGCGCCGCCACAGCAUAAGUCGACAGCAACAACAGCAACAACAGCAGCAACAGCCGCUGCUGGCCGAGGACGAUGUUCAACUGCAGGAUGAGGAGUUGCAAUCGCAGCUGCGCAGCGCUCUGUCCACCAUGGAUCCCAGUUAUGCGCAGCGCUUUGGCCAAGAAGUCUUCAGCAUUAUGGACAAUAGCAUGCGUUUGCGUCUGGCGGACAUAACACGGCAAUAUCGUAAAAAGAAGCGCAAGCUCGACGAGAUUUCCAAGCACAAGAAAAAGAAGAAGUGCUCCAAGCAGCUGCUGCUCCAACAACAACAACAACAACAACAGCAACAACAACAACAGCAGCAACAGCAACAACAGCAGCAACAGGCGCUACCAAUUCAACAGCCCCUACAUCAGCCGCAGCUGACGCUCGGCUCAACUCUCUCUAGCGUCCUGGGCACUGCUUCACCGCUGCGAGAUUAUAAAUAUCCAAAAUUCUCAAGCGGCAACUUACAGGCGUCCAGCUUUUUGCGUUUCCCAGAGAAGACGCAUUCGUUUCCACCGCCCCCGCCGCUGUUGCAACAAGCACAGGCGGACCCUAGUACCUUGCCGAUCAGCAGCUCGCCAGGCACAUCAUCGUUUGUGCGUCUGGAGCCCAGUGCUCUAGAUGCGGCCGUCGCCGCUGCUCCAAUUACCUCGUCCAGUUCUUCCAGCUCCUCGCACAAACAUUCGCACACGGGUAGCACAAAGUCAGCGGCGCGCAAGGAGCGCAAGCUGAAAACGAGCGCAGUCGACGCUCAGUUGGCCACGGAGGCAAAGAGACGACUCAGUGCCGUAGAUGCCGAGCUACAAUUGACCAGUGAUCAUUUGUACCGCGAUGAGACGCGUGUGCUAACUGACAUGGGCGGCCUGUUCUAUGCGGGGGUCAUGAAACCCCUACGUCCGCCAGAUGUUUAUGCCAUAACCCUAGAUGGCGAACGCGGCAACAAGUCGCAUGUCAUGUCGCGCGAGGACAUACUUAAAGAUACGAUUCUAGAAGUGGCACCCAAAAGCGUUGAUAGUGUGCCAGUUGGUACACGGCUCUGCGCCUACUGGAGCCAACAGUAUCGUUGCCUUUAUCCAGGCCGUGCCAUCGAAUCGGAGCCAACUGAAGAUGCAGCUGCAUCAACAACUUCAGCGGUGUCAACGACGCCACAAGACUUUGUCAGCGUGGAGUUUGAUGACGGCGACAGCGGCAGGAUCCGCUUGAAAAACAUUCGUCUGCUACUAAGCAAUUAUCCCAUUGCCGAGUACAACGAUAAUCCCCUUUACUCUGUAGGCAAGCAGAAGCGUGGCGCACUGCGCAGUUGUGACAGUGGCGCUGGUUCCUCACAGGAGCAUACGGGCGUGCCGAGUGGCGAGGAAUCGCACAGCCAUCAUGGUUUCAGCAUGAGCAGCGAUAACACAACCUCGCUGGCUGCCACCAUGGAGCUGUUCACACAGCGCAGCGAAAAGAAGCGCCUCAAGAAGAGCCUGAAGAAGUUGACGAAGGCUCAGAAUGGCAUUGGCCAGUCUGUUGAAAUGAACGGAUUCCAAAAUGGCGGCGCUGAUGGGGUUCCGGCCGGGGAUGGCGCCAGCAUGGACGAUGGCAGCCGGAAGCACCAUAAGCACAAGAAGCGUAAAAAGCAUAAGAAGCAUCAUCGCAAAAAUGCCAACGAAGAGGCUGAACCAGUGCAGGAUUAUAUGACGACGGUUCAGGAAUUGCAACCAACAAUGUUACCGGUAGCAGAAGAACCUGAACCUGUUGCGCCGCCAGCGCAGCGUGUUAAGGUAGAGAUUAAAGUAAAGGCGGAGCAGCUGGACAUGGAGGAAGAGACAACGUCCAACCUAAUGUCCGAGGUAUCCGAUGAGGUCAAGGGCGAUGAUCUGGUUGAGCACAACAACUCCAAGGGUAGCAGCAAAAUUGCCGCCUUUUUGCCAGAGCGGCAAUUGUGGGGUUGGUUUGGAACCGCCUACCGAAAGGCGGGCGUCAAGGGGCGCGCCAGAAAGCAAUUCUACAAAACAAUCAAAAGGGGAAAGGAGACUAUAACGGUCGGGGACUGUGCAGUAUUUCUAUCCACAGGUAGACCGGAUCGCCCUUACAUCGGGCGCAUCGAGUCUAUGUGGGAGACGACCGCUGGCAACAGAGUGGUGCGUGUGGCGUGGUUCUAUCAUCCGGAGGAAACCACGGGCUGUCCAAAAUUGAAAUAUCCAGGUGCAUUAUUUGAAUCGCCACAUGAGGAUGAGAACGACGUGCAGACAAUUUCGCAUCGGUGCGAGGUGCUCCAGUUUGUUAAUUACUUUGACAAGUUUGGCGCCGAUUCGAAGCAAUAUCAAACCAUAUAUGAUAACAAUGAUACAUAUUAUUUAGCCGGGCACUAUAACCCAAGGUUGCAAGUGCUGAAACUACAAGACGAUAUUCCAACUCUCGAAGAGCUGCAGGAUACUACUACUACAACUACUACUACAGAAGAUUAAGCGAGGCGUGGAUAGGCUUAGACAUAGACAUAGCAGAAGUGCAUACAAAAUCUAUAUAAAUAUAUAUAUAUACAAUAUAUACGUUAUACAUAUAUUUUACACUACGUGGAACAGAUGAAGCAUAUAUACCUAUAUGUAUACACAUAUUAUUUCUAUAUUUUAAAGUGACUAAUGUAUCGUAAACAAAAAAAAAAAAGAAAAGAAAAUCUAAAAAAAGGACGAGAUGUGCGAAAAAGAGAGAGAAAUCAAGGAACUAAGCAACAGCCACUAACUUAGUGUAUAGCAGAAGCGCAGGCAAUUUUAAGAUUUGAUUUGUAUAAACUAAACACGAGUUUUUUAUUAUGACGAUGAGAUAAAGAAGUUUAGUUUAAUGUUCAGAAAAUGUUUAAAAAUUUUGAAACGUGUGCUCCUCAAUUGUGUGCAUCCGAGAGAGACUCACAGACACAGCAACACUUAACAUGCAACAUGCAACACGCAACACAAUAUACAAUCCACAAUACACAGCCCACAGAUACACAUGUAUACCUACAUGUUUCAGAUGAAAUUUAAAACAUGUUUUAAAGAUUUUAAGCAGGCAAACAUGCAGCAACUACUACUAUAAAUGUAACAAUUCAAUGUGAUAGCAAAACAAAACCAGAUGUUGAUGUGUAUAGAACAAGAGAAUAAGCAUAGAUGAUAACAAAAACAAACAAUUAUAAAAACAAGCAAAAGAAUGUGUUGAAUAUUUACAGCUCGUUUAUUCAAGGAAGAUACAAAAAGAAAAACAAAAAACAAUAUAAAAUCAAACCUAUCUAUAAUCACACUUAUAUCAAUAAACUUGCCGUGAAUAUUGUA